AAAGAAACUGUACAGUACCAUCAGCCACAAUUGAGCACACGUGACUCUUGGAAAGAGGCAGAUUUGGACGCCAGCAACAACCGCACAUCCUCAAGAUCUCGUCAAGAAAAUGGCACGAAGCAACUUGCGCCAGGGCCUAAACAAGGGCUAUCCCACUACUGCCAUUCCCAAGACCUCGCGCCCCAGCCACCGCAAGGGUAUUCAAUCAACAAAAAACAAGUUCGUGCGAUCUGUCGUGCGGGAAGUUUCUGGCUUUGCGCCAUAUGAGCGUCGGGUACUUGAGUUGUUGAGAAACGCCAAGGAUAAGAAGGCAAGAAAAUUGACGAAGAAACGACUUGGUACACUCCUUCGCGCAAAGCGCAAGUUGGAGGAGCUCGGUAACAUUAUACAGGAGAGCAGGAGAGCGCAUUGAGGGGUGAUUAUACUACUGCCUGCUACAAUUUCAUGUUAUGCUAUGACUCAGAUCUAUGCUUUGACGGUGACACCGGCGAGACUUGGUUCCGUACGGGCCCCGAUGAUUUGUCAUAAUGACUCAUCAUGUAUCAUGAAGUGAGUAAUAAGUCGGUCUUUGUCGGUGAUCAUCCAAUGCCUUGACAUCCCGGUGUACUUGCGCGUUACCUGCCGACGUCCAUAGAGGUUUAUCUGUGCGAUAGUUCUAUGUAGUUGAGUGAAUAAAAUACAAUAACCGACUGUUUUCGGGGAUUGCUCAU